AUGAGCCCUUUGACCCUUCUAACUAUAGCAUUCACCUUAAUACUUGGAACCACCAUUACACUCAUAAGUACCCAUUGGUUACUAGCCUGGAUGGGCUUAGAAAUUAACACAUUGGCAAUCAUCCCCUUAAUAAUUAAGCAAAAUCACCCCCGAGCUGUAGAAGCCACUACCAAGUACUUCCUAAUUCAAGCUACCGCAGCCACAACAUUACUGUUUGCUGCCACAACAAAUGCCUGACUCACAGGAGCAUGAGAAAUCUCACAAGUAAUACACCCCCUACCCACAAUUAUUAUCACAAUGGCCCUUUCCCUAAAAAUAGGCCUAGCACCUAUGCACUCUUGACUCCCAGAUGUUAUGCAAGGCCUCGAAUUGAAAGUAGGGUUAGUCCUGGCCACCUGACAAAAACUAGCCCCCUUUUCUUUACUGUGUCAAAUUCCCAACAGCAACUUUACAAUUUUAUUAGGAUUAACAUCUAUCAUCCUAGGAGGAUGAGGAGGUUUAAAUCAAACUCAAUUACGAAAAAUUAUAGCCUAUUCCUCAAUCGCUCAUCUAGGCUGAAUACUUUUAGUAAUACAACUACUCCCUUCAUUAUCCCUAAUAACUUUAUUAGUUUAUAUCAUCAUAACAUUUUCAUUAUUUAACAUCUUCAUGAUUAAUAAGACAACCAAUAUUAACUCCUUAUCAACCUCCUCCAUAAAAGUACCCGUCUUAACUACCCUUACUCCAUUGAUCUUACUAUCGCUGGGAGGUCUUCCUCCCUUAACCGGAUUUUUACCAAAAUGAUUAAUCCUACAGGAAAUAAUUAAACAAAAUUUUUUUAUAACAGCAACCAUAGCGGCUCUAUCAGCCCUACUCAGCUUGUACUUCUACCUACGAUUGUCUUAUAACAUGACUUUUACCAUUGCUCCUAAUACAUCAACAAACACACUAUCCUGACGUCUAAACAACAAAAAUAUCAUUCUACCAACCGCUACCUCAAUAACUAUAACCCUGCUUAUACUCCCCCUUCUUCCCCUUGCAGCAAUACCUUUAUUUU